CCGUUUUUUACAAUUUUGACAAGCUAUUGAUUUGGAGGCAAAAUAACUUUUCUGGAUAUCGCUUUUAACACAGACUCUAAUCAGACCUGUUCCAAUCUGCUGGAUUGACUACGAUUUGAAAAAUUAUAAUAUGAACUAUUGUUAUUUUAAGAUCCUUUUAGAUAUAUGUGACGAAAUAGGACAAAAAUUGAAAACCUCAUAUGUUAAAAUGUUUUGUAGAAAGACUUGUUUGUUAAGAGUAUCUGACUAGAGGGAUUAAAAUGUAAGAUUUACACCUUUCUAAAUAUCCAAUGUUCGGUUGGAAAUUUAGUGCUGGUUUCUCCAUUCGCGCCACUCUCACUCUGAUCUUCGCUUUGUUUAGAAAUGUCUGUUACGAAGUUUCCCGCCAAUUCCUCUUCCGUCGGAUCUCAUUCCAUCCAACUGAAUGCGCCGACGAGCAGCCACCGCUCUCCAAUUCAAAUCGCUCUCCCUUCUGUUAUCUGGUCGGCUCAGAUACUCAACGAGUCUACCCAAGUCAGCUCAAUCAAGGGAUUUCCAUUCCUCGCUGUCUUCCUGCUCCGAGGCCCUCAAACUCUCUGCUCGAACGGGUUCUCUUCUUCAAGGAACUCAAGCACACGCGAGGGCAGUGAAGUUGGGAAUAUGCAGCGUUCUGUCUCUGCAGAACCACCUCUUGAACGUUUACGUGAAGUGUAAAAGCCUGAAGGAUGGUGGUCACCAGCUGUUCGACGAAAUGCCUGUGAAAAAUGUCGUGACAUGGAACACGAUGAUCUGUGGGGUCGUUCGCAGCAGCGGGGACGGCUUGAGUGUGUCUGCCUGCUUCGUGUACUUGAGGAGGAUGUUGAUCGAGAGCUUCCCUGUGGAUUCCAUAACGCUCAACGCGUUGCUCGGUGCUUGCGUUGAGCUUGAUGUAAUUGAGACAGGGAGACAGUUGCAUUGUUUCGUGGUCAAAUUAGGGUUUGAGUUCGAUUGUUUCGCUGUUAGUGCUGUGGUUGAUCUGUAUUCGAAAUUCGGAUUUCCUAAGGAAGCGAGGCGUGCUUUUGACGGGGUAUUGUGCAGAGAUUUGGUGCUGUGGAAUGUGAUGCUGUCUUGCUAUGCCUUGAAUCGCUUGCCAGAAGAUGCCUUCCUGGUCUUCAGCUCCAUGCGCAGGGCGAAUCUGAAUGGGGAUGGUUUCUCGUUUUCUAGUUUGCUGAAUUCCUGUGGGGCUCUAGGAUUUGUUGAGGUAGGAAGACAAGUUCAUGGCCUGAUCAUAAAGUUGUCUCUCGAUUCGGAUGUUCUGGUGGGUAGUGGAGUUAUUGAUAUGUAUGCAAAGAAUGGAUGUCUGGCUGAUUCUCGCAUGGCUUUCGAUGCGAUGCCUGCCAGAAAUGUAGUCUCUUGGAAUACGAUGAUUGUUGGUUAUGGACAGCAUGGAGAAGGAGAUGCAGCAGUGAAGCUUCUGAUGGAAAUGUUGCAGCAGGGGUUCGUCCCAGAUGAAUUAACCAUCUCCAGUGCUAUCAGCUCAUGUAGCUAUGCAUCAUCAUCCUUCUCUGAGAUCACAAGAAUCCAUGGGUACGUUAUAAAUAAAGGGUUUCAAGCAUUUCCAUCGGUUCAAGCUUCUUUGAUUGAUGCAUAUUCCAAAAGCGGAAGAAUCGGCUGUGCACUGCUUUGUUUGAGCUCUGUUUUAGAGCCUGACCUGGUCAGUUGGACUGCCCUGAUCCAUGCCUUCGGAUUUCAUAACUUCCCAAGAUAUAGUAUUGAGAUGUUUGAGAAGAUGGUGUCUGGUGGCGUGAGCCCGGAUGAAAUCGCCUUUCUUGGAGUGCUUUCUGCUUGCAGCCAUGCCGGGCUAGUGAACGAAGGGAUUCAUUACUUCAAUUUAAUGGUUGAAAAGUAUCAACUUUGCCCUGGCAUUGAGCACUACUGCUGCCUCGUUGAUCUUCUUGGUCGAGCUGGUUUCAUGGACGCCGCUUUUGAUGCUCUAACGUCGUUGCCAAUUCGCAAUGGAUCAGACGCAUGGGGAGCCUUCGUUGGUGCUUGUAAAACCCACGGGGAAUCAAGAUUAGCAAAACUAGCUGCAGACAAGCUUUUUGAACUGGAGCCGAAUGAGCCAGCAAGCUAUACUCUUCUGUCAAACAUAUAUGCUUCUGGUGGUCGGUGGUCUUACGUAGCGAGGCUACGAGAAAUGCUGAAGAGCAACUGCGAGCAGAAACUUCCAGGGUUUAGCUCGACAGAACAAGCUGAAAAUUUUACUAAUGCCAGCUUAGAGGAGAAUAUGCACCUGUCACUACCGAGCUUCUGAUCAGAAUCCAUGGAAGGUUAAGGGCAUUGCCUAGGGUAUUGGUUUGCAAAAGUGGGGUCUCUCACUCGAUAUUUAUCGAGUUGUUCUGUAUACAUCAGGUUAUCAGUUGUUACUUGUAUCGUACCAGGUCGAUUGACUUAGUGUAGCUUUCCUUUUCUCUAAGUUAAGACUAUAACAUGCACACCCUUUUAUAGGGCUACAAAUAGUGCCAAGCGGGAAGUAAAACACGAGCUUCACAAUGGCUCGACACAAGGAUGCAGCAAAGUCACAGCCUUAUAUGCAUCCAAACCACUCCUCCAAAAAAGACCAUGAAUCCAAAAUUAUCCUGAGUUGAAUGAAUCCAUGUCAUCAGA